ACAUGGCUGGUCGACAAAGAUAUCAGAUUUGCGUCAACGACGACCGCAAUUUGUACGUCUGGGCGGACACAUGGAAAGAGGACACCAUCGGAGACUUUUUGACCCGUCUAUCAAACUCUACAAGUCCCCGGCUUGACCGCCAUAGGGUACAUCUGAGCUUUGACGGCGUUCGUCUGGGUGAAUCCACGACCAUGAGAGAGACCGGUCUGGCAGAUGGAGAUGAAAUAGCUCUUCAUUAUGGAUCAUCACACUCAUGCAAGCUAUGCACCGGUUCACGGUACAUGACUCGACAGAGAGGU